AGACGCCUUAUAAUUUUUCUUACCUUGAUUACCUAUAGUUAUUUUACUUAGUAUUUUUUACCUUUUUCUUUUUCAUUUUCAAAUAUCUAAGAACUUAUACCCUUAUUCAUCACAAAUUUCUCGCAUUAUCCCUUCAUCAAACCAAGCCAAUCGCUUAGAUCACUCACUAGUUUUGAAUUCGAGUAAUCAUUCUAGACCCUCCUAAUGAUCAAAGAUAAGAAAAACAAAGGGAGAAAAAAGAAUUGAAAAGAAAAGCCACAAAGCGAAACCGUUGGAAAAGCCAAAGAUAAAAAAGGUUACAGUAUCAUUAGGAAGAUGGGAAAUUUGACCCCAUCGUUUCAUCUAAAAGCAUCUGUUAAUAAUUUAAUAAGUCAAAUUUUUGGUAAUUUGUCGGUUUAUUGCAUCUGGUUUCCACAUUUGUUUUUUCUGAUAAUAAUAAUAUCUGGAGUAGAAGUACUAUUUACUCAUUCAAUCUGCAUUAAAUUUUUCUUCAUUUUCCUGGGGUUUUUUUCUUCUCGAAAUUUGUUGCAGAAAUUUCUGUCAUUUUUGUAAAAUAGAGGGAAAAUUGAAACUGGGUUUUCUUACUCUUGAGUGAUUAUCAAAUGGGUGUCAUCUAAAUUGUUGUUUUGAGAUUUUAUAAUGGUGCGAUGACGUGAAAGAAAGUGGUUUUUUUUUUUUGUUCAGGUGUUCUGGGUAUUUGUCAAAGGUUGCAAUUUUGGUCUGUUUUGCUGAACUUUUCAGUUGUACAAGUAACUGUACUGAUCCAAAAUUGAAGUACACUAUUGAUGAGCCCGAUGGCUGCACGUACUCUAUCUCUAGCCACACCUGGGACUAAUUACCUAAAGGAGACACUCCAUGCUCAGCAAGAACUUUUGCAGAAACUAUACAGUGAAUUGGAUAUGGAGAGAGAAUCCUCUGCUACUGCUGCUGAUGAAGCUUUAUCCAUGAUAUUACGCUUGCAGGGUGAAAAGGCAGCAGUGGGAAUGGAGGCUAGUCAAUAUAAGAGAAUUGCCGAAGAAAAGAUUUGUCAUGCUCAAGAAACACUCGAGACUUUUCAGGAAGUAAUAUAUUAGAAAGAAAUGCAGAUUGCUUCCCUUGAGUUCCAAGUUCAGGCAUACAGGUUCAAACUUUUAAGCAUGGGGUGUGAUGAUUUAGGUACCUGUGAGAUACAAUAUCCUGAUAACAUGUUGUCAAGAAAAAAUGCAGAAGAAUCAAGCUCGCGAAGCUCUCUCAGACGGAAUAGUUCACUACCACCUCCUCCAAAUAAUGGUGCGUUGAGUAGGCGAGCUUCUACCGAGGGAACAAAAUCCUCAACACCCUCUCCACACCCAUGGCAGGAAAGUAAAGGUGAAGACCCCUAUAUUCGAAGGGAGCAAGAUUCAUAUUGGGAAGAGAUUAAGAAGUUAGAUGAACGGUUGAAGGAGUUGGAUGAUCUUAAGGGCUCUAGUACUUUCCCUUCAGCUGAGGAUACAAAUAAUGUUCCACUAAUAAGUGCAACUCCAAUGCUGCAUCCCUCCCCUGAAAAUACUCCUGCAAAAUCAGAUAUUCUUGAAUCUCCUGAAUCUGCAGCCAGUGUUCAAGCAUGUGAAGAUUCUGCUUGCUCGACAAGUGUUCAGGAUAUCUUUGAAGUCCCAAUAUGUUCUUUCGUUGAUCAAGAUGGUAAUUCUAAGGAAGAAAGCCACAAUCUGACUGUUGAAAGUGAAAUUAGGAACGGAAUGCUAGAUUCUGUCUGGGGUAAGAUAUGUAAGUCUAUUGUCAAGGAGAAAAAUGAUUGGGAGAGAAAACCAUUGUUGACUCCAGAUAGUGACCAAAGCUUAACUAAGACAGAUGAUGCCAAAGAGAAAAUUGAUUGGGAAAAGAAGCCAUUGUUUUCCCCAGGUAGCAGUAAUGAUUCACUUAAACCAAAAGAGUGCAAGACUGAUAAGCCAUUGCUUUUUAAACAACCAACAUUUGGCGUUGCUGACUUGGAAUUUCAGCAGUUCAACAGAAGACUUAAGCAACUUGAGGAUCAGAGGUUUGUAACAAGAGGCCAUGAAAUAAACGCUGAUAAAGCAGAAGAAGAAUUGAGAGUUUUGUGGGAGAUUAGGGAUAAAAUUGACUCAAUGCAGGCAGAGAUAGCUCGCUGGAAGACUAAGAAGCCUUUGCCACCAGAAGGUCGUUCCCCUGGUUGCCUUAAAGAGGUGAUCCUUUGCUUUUGGCCUUAAUCAAAUCCCUAGACAAUCAUGGUGUGGUAGCUCCUUAUUUUUUCUAGAAUUAGUAUCUGGAAAAGAAUGCUCACUUAGAGGAUUUUUGUGUUUUCUGUUUCUUUCAUAAGAUGAAGUCGUGAAAUCGCUUAGUUAAAUGCGUUUUGAGUUCCCUGUAUAUCAUGUAUAGAUAAAACAACCUAUGUCGCAUAGAAACAUCUCUUCGAGGUGAGUUCCAUACCUUAGAGCACAUAUAUGGCUCCUUGUUUUCUUUGGUUUU